ACCUUUAACCCACAACAAAAAUUCAAAAAUCUCCUUCCAUACUCUCACAACAACAACCAAAAAAAAAAAAAAAAAAAAAUGAGUGCAGCCUGCCGAGCUUGGGUGGUAGCAGCAAGUAUAGGAGCAGUGGAGGCACUGAAAGACCAAGGAGUCUGCAGGUGGAAUGGGGUUCUGAGAUCAGUCCACCAGCAUGCCAAGAACAACAUGAGAUCCUAUUCCCAAGCCAAGAAACUCUCCGACUCUUCGUCUUCUGCAAUUUCUAUGACGAUGAAGAGAUCACAGGAGGAGAAGGUUAAAAAACUCAUGGAGUUGAAUUGUUGGGGUCCCAAUACUGUUAGAUUUUAGGUGCUAAUUAGGUAUUUUAAAGAUUUUAUGUUUAUGAGUAUGGAUCUGUCAUCCCUUUUUUACAUGAAUUAUACGGCUUAAUUUCAUGAUUA